CCAUCAAAAAUAUUCAUUCAUCUCUCUCAAUUUACAAAACAUUUCCAGAGUUAGUUCAAAAUCUUUUAAUUAAGCAUUUUCAUUUUCACUAGUUUUUGUUGAUCAAUUUCGAUAAGCAAGCAAAAAAAAAAAAAUGGCUGAUGAAUACCAGAAACCAACCCAUGGUUACAACUCCAAUGUUAACGAAGGAGAGUGCGAACCUGAGAUCAAAGAUCGUGGUAUGUUUGAUUUCUUGAGCAAAAAGAAAGAAGAACCAAGUGUGGAAGAGUGUAAACCAGUAGAAGAACAUCACCACCACGAGUUCAAAUUACCUGAACAUCACCACACUAAGGUUGAUGAUGAAUGUGAGGAACUGAAACCUGAGCCUUAUUACCCCAAGGUUGAUGAUUAUGAGGAAAAGAAACCUGAACAUCACCAUAAGUUGUUUGGUCAUCAUGAUGAUGAACGCAAACCUGAAGUUGAAGAAUUAACCACUGAGGUUGAACAUGUUUACAUCUCUGAACCACCAUGUGAAGAAGAAGAAGAGAAGAAGCCUUCUCUACUUGAGAAGAUUCACAGAUCUCACAGCCACGGCAGCAGCUCUAGCUCUUCAAGUGAUGAGGAGGAAGAAGUAGAUGGAGUGAUGAUCAAGAAGAAGAAGAAGUCUUUGAAGGAAAAGAUCCAGGAGAAAUUACAUAAAGAUGAUGAGGAGGACACCUCAAUCCCAAUUGAGAAGUGUGAUGAACCAGUUGUUCAUCCAGUGGUUCAUCAUCAUGACACUGUACACAGUGUCCAUGAAGGAGAGAAGAAGGGACUUUUGGAAAAGCUUAAAGAGAAGUUACCAGGUAAGAAAUGUGAAGAAGAAGAGGAAAAGAAGAAAGUUGACUGUGCUCCAAUUGAACCCGUUCAUGUCUCUACUUAUGACCAUGAAGUAGUACACAGUGUACAUGAAGGUGAAGAGAAGAAAGGAUUCAUGGAGAAGCUUAAAGAAAAGUUACCAGGCAAGCAUCAUGAAGAGAAAGAGAAAUGUGAAGAGAAGCCAGUUGAGUAUGCUCCAGUUGAACCUGUUCAUGUCAGUACUUAUGAAUCUCAUCCAGAGCCCCAUCAUGAAGUGAAGGAAGAGAAGAAAGGAUUUCUUGAAAAGAUUAAGGAGAAGUUUAGCAAAAAUGAUGAUGAAUGCAAGGAUAAGGAGGAGAAGAAGGAAACCCCUGCUGCAUCUCACUACUAAGAAGGUCCUGGAUGUUCUUAGUUUGUGAUCAAUGUGGUGGCAUCGUAUUAGAUUUGGUUGUUUGUUUAGUUUGCUUUAUUUUUAUUUCCAUUUUCAUAUCUGGAUAUUUCUUUGUGGGAGUUUGUGGAUCCCUAGUUUGUUGUUAAUGCUUUGAUGAGUUCUGUUCAUGGAAAGAGCAGUGUGUGAGUAUUAUCAUCUCUCCCCAGCCACCACCACCAGCUACUGCUGUUAUUGUUUUUACUUGAGAAUUAUAAAUGAUUUGCUUUUACUUUUAA